GACUCGAGACGCUUGCAUGACUCACGACUCAUUGACUGCCGACUUUGACUACUCGCACUCACUCCUCUUCUUCCAACCCCUUGCAGUCUCCCUCACUCACCCCUCACUCCACACGGCACAGUGUGGAGCACGACUUUGGCGUACACAGAGGUGUGAAGCGUAUUGCCAUCUGCUGAGCAGCAAGCGACAUGCCACCUCGCAAGACACGAUCAUCGGCCAAGGCGCAAGUCGAAUCUUUGACGGCAGCCGAGGCGUCAGCAGCAGGCCCCUUGUCAGCCUCGAGCGUCGAACCCUUGCAGAGCAAGAGCGAGAGCAGCAAUAGCAAUAGCAACAGCAACAGCAACAGCAACAGCAACAGCAACAGCAACAGCAAUAGCAGCGCACGCCCUUCGAAGAGGGUUAGGCUGUCCGAAUCAGUGUCGCAGGCCGAUGGCGAUCUGAGCGGUGGCGCGGUUUCUGAGCGCAGCGGCAGCGGCAGCGCGCACGCAAGAGUUCAGUCAGACGAUGCACCUGCACCUGCACCUGCACCUGCACCUGAACCUGCACCUGAACCUGAACCUGCACCUCCUCCUCCAUCCGAGCCGCAAGUCGAAGUAGAAGCUCCUCCUCCUCCUCCUCCCGCUCCCGAGAGUGCGCCCCUACCAGAUGCUCCCCCUCCACCACCACCCCCUCCUCCCGAAGAUCCUCAGGACACGACCCGACCUCAAGCCUUCACUUCUUUCGAAUCGGAUGGUGAUACUUCUUAUAUCUUACCACCCAGCGCCACUGCUACUGCUCGGCCAGGCAUCCAUGGUGCGGCAAGUGGGCAAGAGGAAGAGGCAGAGGCAGAGGCAGAGGGAGAUGUGCUGGAUGCGGAGUAUUGGAGCAGAAUGGCCAAUGAAAAGGAUAAGAGCAACGUGCAGGAACUCUACCUCGACACUAUCGAUCGAAGCAGAUUAGACUUUGACUUUGAGCGACAAUGCAGCGUGACCUUAUCUCGUCAUCACGUGUACUGCUGUCUCGUGUGCGGCAAGUACUUUCAAGGAAGAGGCAUCUCAUCGCCCGCGUAUGCUCAUUCCAUCGGGUGCAAUCAUCGAGUCUUUUUGAAUCUGGAUGCCCAUGCCCAUCAUCUCCGCGACACGUCCGGCAGCAGCACGUUGAGCAGCGCAGCAGCAGGCGAGAUUUGGAUCUUGCCAGAAGGAGAGAGGGUGACGAACAAGAGCUCCUUGAAUGCGCUGCGAGAUGUCGUGUACAAUCUGGAUCCCGUCUACACGGCCCAAGAUGUGCGGCGUUUGGAUGGACAAGGCAUCAAGUUGGAUCUGCACAAGCAGCAAUACAUUCCGGGCUUCGUAGGUCUCAACAAUACGCGCGGUCGCUCGGAUUACAUCAACGUCGUACUGCAGAUCAUGGCGCACAUCAAGCCGGUGCGGGACUACUUUUUGCUUCACACUUUCGUUCAGCGAGAGAGGGAGUCCCAAGCAUCUUCCAAUCCUCAAGCUCGACAUUCUUCUUCGCCUUUUAAAACUCAAUCUCAAGCACCCGCAUCCGCACCAAAGCACGCAAACAGGUCCGAACUGCUGCGUCUGUUCAGUCUGGUCCUCAGGAGAAUGUGGAAUGCCAAAGCGUUCAAAGCUCAAGUAUCGCCUCACGAAUUUGCUCAGGAAGUCAUUGCGAGAUCCAAAGGCGUCUUUGGAGUGGAGAAGCAGUCGGAUCCCAUCUUGUUCCUCGGUUGGCUAUUGAACACGCUGCACGUCGAUUUGGGCGGUGGAAAAAAGAGGCAGACCAUCAUCUCCGAAACAUUUCAAGGUCAGAUCCGCAUCGAAUCGCAAAAGGUCUUUGUGAGGAGCGGUAUAGAUAUCGACGAUGAGCCGGACGGAUCAGGAUUGGUCAGCGGAGGAGAUGCGGAUGGGAGGAGAGAGGGUGGUCAGGAGGAUGCGCUUGGGGGCAAAAAAUUCAACAUCGAAAAGGAAAUCCAGACGCAAACAUCUCCCUUUUUCCACCUAGCCCUGGAUCUGCCUUCCCCGCCCGUCUUUCAAGAUGUGAUCGAAAAGAACAUCAUUCCGCAAGUCAGCCUGGCUUCCGUGCUCUCCAAAUACGACGGCACAUCUUUUCAAGAGGCAAAAGGUCUCAUCAGGAGGUUCAAGAUCACCCGACUACCACCGUACAUCGUUUUGCAUUUCCGACGCUUCACCAGGAAUGGAUUUACGGAGGAGAGAAAUCCUACGAUUGUUAAUUUCCAGAUUAGGGAUUUCGAUUGGGCACCUUAUGUGGAAGAUCCGACGAAUCCAGCGCUCAGUGCGGCGUAUGAUCUGGUAGCCAACGUGACGCACGAAGCUACGGCUGGGACGGUGCGGGACAAUAGCGUCUUUCGAGCUCAGGUGCACACGCGUGCGCAUCGCGACCUUCAGCAGCAGCAGCAGCACUCAGCGGGAGUCGAUGCACGAGCUAGCGAUCGAGAAGAAGAAGAGGAAGACGAGGAGGAGGAGGAGGAGGAGAAAGAACAAGGGGAGGAAAAGUGGUUGCAGAUCCAAGACCUUAUUGUGGAGGAAGUCAACAAGCAAAUGUUGUUCCUCGGCGAGACGUAUAUACAGGUCUGGGAAAGGAAAAGCAAGGCGCAAGGUGUGUGAGGGGACGAUGUGGCGGGAAAAGGCGGGGGGUGAAAUGGUGUGGAGGCGGACAAAUGAAGGGAAUGGCAAAGCGGAAGGCCAAAGAGUCUGAGAGGUGUCGCGUUGGGUGCGUGAGAGGGAAGCAAUGGAUGGCUGAGGUGAUCGUAGCGCAUGUUGCGCACCCCCUCCUUUCCCCCCCCCCUUCCUUGCGCGCAUGCCAUGUGCUUGAAAUCAGCGAUGCGCUUCAUACUUCCUCUGGAAAUUCAUGUUCGGAAAUCGGAUCAGG